AUGAUGGAGGAGUUGUGUGCUACGGUGAUGGAGGAGUUGUAUACUACCAUGAUGGAGGUGUUGUGUGCUACGGUGAUGGAGGAGUCGUGUACUACGGUGAUGGAGGAGUUGUGUGCUACCAUGAUGGAGGAGUUGUGUACGACGGUGAUGGAGGAGUUGUGUACUACGGUGAUGGAGGAGUUGUGUACUACGGUGAUGGAGGAGCCCCAGCCUCAGUUACAGUCUCCACCCCUACCCCCGUCCCGAUCCCCGACCCCGCCCCAGCCUAAGCCCCAGCACCCGCCUUCGCCACAGCCGCUGCCCCCGCCCCUGUCACCGUCCCAGCCGUUGCCCCCGCCCCCGCCCCAGCCCUAG